UAUAUAUAUAUAUACAUAUAUUCUAAAAAUUUGCAAAAUGAAGGUUGGAGAAAAAUAUACCGGGGGAGAGCGAGUAGGAAAUGGAAUUGUGGCAAUGCGAGAGUGGGGGAGCCGAAAUGAAAGAAAGAUUCGGAGUGACAAAAAAGAAAGCAGACAAACUUUAAUCGGAUUGAUGAGAUGCUAACGUGGAAUCGAAUAUCCUCACGUUCACACUAUCCCAUUGGAUGAUGCACGAGGCUACCACACGCCCCUACAUCUGGCCUUAUCUAUGCCCUCCACGUGGAUGUUGAUCCAACGGUGACCACACGCCAUUUCGCUCUUAUUUAAACCUCUUCUUCUCCACUCUUAUCAUCAUCAUCACCAAUCAACGGCAGCAGCCAUAACCCUAAACACUUGUCUCCACCCUCUCUUUAGAUUUUCAUCUCUGAUGGCCUCCAAGGCACUCUCUUCUUUCACCACUCUGUCUCCCAAGCCACUACUCCCACAUGGGGUCUCCUCCUCUGCCUCUCCGGCUGUUUUGUCUCUCGGCUUCUCCAGGCAUACUGGGGGCAGAGCAAUGGUGGUUGCGUCGGCUACAGUGGACACAAACAACAUGCCUAUGACGGGAGUGGUGUUCCAGCCGUUUGAGGAGGUGAAGAAAGCCGAUUUGGCCAUUCCAAUCACAUCUCAAGCCUCCCUCGCUCGCCAGAGGUAUGCCGACACUAGCGAGGCUGCCAUUAACGAGCAAAUCAAUGUGGAAUACAACGUGUCGUAUGUGUACCAUUCAAUGUACGCAUACUUCGACAGAGACAACGUUGCUCUCAAGGGACUUGCCAAAUUUUUCAAGGAAUCAAGUGAUGAAGAAAGAGAGCACGCAGAGAAGUUUAUGGAGUACCAGAACAAAAGAGGAGGAAGAGUGAAGCUCCACCCGAUCGUCUCACCUAUCUCUGAUUUCGAACAUGCUGAAAAAGGAGAUGCUUUAUAUGCAAUGGAGUUAGCCCUGUCUCUGGAGAAACUUACCAACGAGAAGCUUCUAAACCUUCACAGAGUGGCAUCAGAGAACAAUGAUCCACAGUUGGCUGAUUUCGUUGAGAGUGAGUUCCUUGGAGAGCAGAUUGAAGCAAUCAAAAAGAUCUCAGACUUCAUCACCCAGCUAAGGAUGGUUGGCAAAGGACACGGAGUUUGGCACUUCGACCAGAUGCUUCUGAACUAGACUGGGACCUCACUCUAUGCUCUGGGGAGAUUAAAAGAGUAGUAACCGAAGAAGAUUCUGUUUCUAAGAGUGGAAGAAGUUAUUAUGGAGCAAAAUAAAGAUUGUACUAGUAAUGGUAGUAAGCCUUGUGUGUUAAGAUGAUGUUUUUUUGUAAUAACUUCCUAAGUUUAAUCUAUGAAGGUGCC